AUGCUACCCCCGUCUAAUCUCGUGUGUCUCAUUGGCCUGCAGGCCACCUAUGGGUCGCCUUGUCGCCACUUGCCUAUGAGCUCAAGAUUGCUGUCUAGUCCCGCGCCGCUGUGGGACGCGCUGCCGCCGCCGCCGCCGCCCGCGUCCCCGCCGCCGCCGCCCGCCGCCCCGCCGCCGCUGCACCUGCUGCGCCGCCCGCCCGCCCAGCCGCUGCUGCAACCGCCCGCCCACGGCCUCAAGAUGGGUGAGAGACCUAGUUUUAGAGGAGACACAUUCCAGACCAAAUUCCCUGCGUUUAGUCUGUCUAGUCCCGCGCCGCUGUGGGCCGCGCUGCCGCCGCCGCCGCCGCCCGCGUCCCCGCCGCCGCCGCCCGCCGCCCCGCCGCCGCUGCACCUGCUGCGCCGCCCGCCCGCCCAGCCGUUGCUGCAACCGCCCGCCCAUGGGCUCAAGAUGGGUGAGUCGCCUAGUCUAAGUGUAGAAAUAGAAACGCAGAAACUUUUACGUCUCUUGUGUGGUCGUGGAACACGCCUGGACGGACAGGCACACUCCAGGACUGACAGGGACACGCCAGGACGGACAGGGACACGCCAGGACGGACAGGGACACGCCAGGACGGACAGGGACACGCCAGGACGGACAGGGACACGCCAGGACGGACAGGGACACGCCAGGACGGACAGGGACACGCCAGGACGGACAGGGACACGCCAGGACGGACAGGGACACACCAGCACGGACAGGGACACGCCAGGACGGACAGGGACACGCCAGGACGGACAGGGACACGCCAGGACGCACAGGGACACGCCAGGACGGACAGGGACACGCCAGGACGGACAGGAACAUGCCAGGACGGACAGGGACACGCCAGGACGGACAGGGACAUACCAGGACGGACAGGGACACGCCAGGACGGACAGGGACACGCCAGGACGGACAGGGACAUACCAGGACGGACAGGGACAUACCAGGACGGACAGGGACACGCCAGGACGGACAGGGACACGCCAGGACGGACAGGGACAUGCCAGGACGCACAGCGAUAUGCCAGGACGGACAGGAACAUGCCAGGACGGACAGGGAUAUACCAGAACGGACAGGAACAUACCCGUUCUUUUAGUUCUAGUACGAUGGUAA